UCUUUUCCUCCCUCUCUGUAUUAUUACACUCCGAUCCAUUGCUUUCUUUCUUAGAUUCUUCUUUAAUUACCAAUUAUUCCCAAUAUAAUUAAUUAACUUCCUAAUUUUGUUUCUCUGCUCCUCCAACAAUGUCUCCCCCUUCUUCCCUGUUCUCAAUUUUAUGCAGCCUCCUAAUCCUGCAAGCCCUUUAUCUCCUCUGCUCACCACUCGGAGCGGUGGGUUCCAAGGUGGGGGCCCACCGCACCCGCCACCACAACGGCGGAAGUCCUCCAAAGCUCCGAGCAGCGGCUGCGGCGGCCAAUUUGAGCUCCUCUUGCUCUCUGUUUCAGGGCAGCUGGGUCGUUGACCAGACCUACCCGCUGUACAAAUUCUCCGACUGCCCCGCCCUCAUCGACACAGAGUUCAACUGCCAAAUGUACGGCCGCCCCGACUCCGACUACCUCCGUUUCCGGUGGAAGCCUGCAAACUGUGAAAUUCCCAGGUUCGAUGGGGUGAAGUUUCUGGAGAAGAUGAAGGGGAAGAAGGUGAUGUUUGUGGGAGAUUCUCUGGGACUGAACCAAUGGGAGUCUCUGAUUUGCAUGCUCUCUGCUUCUGUUCCAGGAACGCAGACAAAGAUCUCUCGCAGUGACCCUCUCUCAAAUUUUACAUUCUUGGAAUACGGGGUAACGGUGUCGUUUUACAGAGCGCCAUACCUAGUGGACAUAGAAUCGGUGGAGGGGAAAAAGGUCCUGAAAUUGCAGGACAUAAGCAAGAAUGGGUAUGGGUGGAGGAAUGUGGAUGUCCUUUCUUUCAACACUGGCCAUUGGUGGGUCCACAAGGGCUCUCUCCAAGGGUGGAAUUACAUGGAAAAAGAUGGGGUUUUGCAUGAAGAUAUGGAUAGGUUGGAUGCCCUUGAGGAAGGGUUGAGGACAUGGGCCCGUUGGGUUGAUUCGAAUCUCGAUCCAACUCGAACUCGCGUCUUUUUUCAAGGAAUCUCUCCCACCCACUACAACCCUCGCGAGUGGAGCGCGGGAACGGAGGCGGUGUCAAAGACGUGUUACGGCGAGACGACCCCGACGACGCCGAGAGCCGGGGGGGCCUACCCGGGGACGUACCCGGAACAGAUGAAAGUGAUCCAAGGAGUGGUUGGGAGCAUGAGCCACCCCACAUUCCUUCUGGACAUAUCACUCCUAUCAGCCAUGAGGAAAGAUGCACACCCUUCCAUAUACAAUGGUGAUCUCACUCCCGCUCAAAGGGCCAAUCCUGACCGUUCAUCUGAUUGCAGCCAUUGGUGCCUUCUUGGCCUCCCCGAUACUUGGAAUCAACUGUUUUAUACUGCCCUUUUCUCUUGAAAGAAACAAAAAAAAAAAAGUGUUCAAACUUAUAUUACACACACACACACACACGAUGUAAUUCAUCUAUCAUUGUUCUCGUCAAUCAAGCAAUUGUAUGUUAUCUAUCAUAGUCAACGGAUGGAUUGGGCUUUGGUUGUUUAAUGUUCGGCGCGGUGUGAAAUGGGUAAAAUAGGAUGACAUGGGAGACUAAUAAUGUUUUAAGGUAGUG